AUGUCCACCACCGCCGGCUCCCAAGCCAAAGCGCCCGCGCCAUGGAAAGCCGACUUCCUCUCCCACAUCUCCAAGAUGCCCUCCCCCGAGUUCGUGCUCUCGACCCUCCAAGCCGCGCCCGCGGGCUCACCCACGCCCUACAUCCCCCGCGCCCGCUUCUGCAUCUUCCGCGGCAUGUGGGCCGAGCUGCCCGAGAACAAGCACAACGAAGCCCCGAUGAACGAGCGCGUCUACGAGAGCGAGAUGCCGACCUUUACCUCGGAUGUGCGCAUGGAAAAGAUUCCGCAGCUCUUCGCGAGCAGUGCGGGCCAUGCGAAGAGCGUGGAACAGGCGCAGGGGAGUGGUGGGGGAGGGCCGGUUGAGGCGGUCUGGUGGGUUAAGGAGACGGGCACGCAGUGGAGGAUUAAGGGGAAGGCGUUUGUGGUGGGGCCAGAUAUUGAGGACGCGGAAGAGAGCAGUGGGGUGCGCACGGUGAAGAGUGAGGUGGGGAAGGGGAUGAGGUGUGUCAAGGAGGAGGGGAAGGAGGGGUGGAGCUGGAAGAGGGAGCUGGCGGCGCAGUUUGGGAACAAUUCGCCGGGGCUUAGGGGUACCUUCCGCGCACCGCCUCCUGGGCGUCCGGUGGGCGAGCCAUACGAUGACAAGGAGCUCGAGCUAGGCACGAAAGUCGAGGACUUGUACGACCCGGUAGCAAGAAAGAACUUCAGGGUUGUGAUCAUCAAGCCGGAAGAGGUCGAAGCGACUGAUAUAAGCGAUCCGGCGACGGCACGGCGGCAUAGGUACACGUAUGUUGGCAAGGAAGGCGAGGAGUGGAAAGUUGAAGAGACGUGGCCAUAG